AGUUUUGUUUAGAUGAAUAGUAGACAUAGGCUGUUUCAUUCCAUACACCAUUGUUUUUCCACAUGAAAGCUAUCGCUUAUAAGCAAAUUAGAACCUUUGAGAAGUAUCUCAAGGUACAUCCUUUCUAUUUAAAAUUUUUUUCUUGGUCAUUGACUCAUCGGUGCUGUCAUGGCAGGUGUGCUGGAGAAGACCACGGGCCUUGUGGGAUCGGCUGUGUGCAAUACUCCACACGAGAGGCUAAGAAUAUUGUACACAAAGAUUCUUGAUGUUCUUGAGGAUAUCCCUAAAAAUGCAGCAUAUAGAAAAUAUACAGAACAGAUUAUAAAUGAGAAGCUGGCUAUGGUUAAAGUGGAACCACAUGUUCAAAAAUUAGCAGACCAACUUCAAGGUGGUCAAUUAAAAGAAGUGAUUCUUCAGGCUGAACGUGAACUAAGACUAGCAAGAAAAAUGGUGCAGUGGAAAACAUGGGAGCCAUUAGUGGAACAGCCUCCUGCCGAUCAGUGGAAAUGGCCAAUACAAUUAUUAAGUGAUUUUGGUGGGCUGGUGGGAAACCAAUGUAAUGAAAUGUUCUGUUCUAUUAAGAGCGUGUUCAUAUUAUUGGCACAAUCAAGAAAACUGAUAUAGAAAAUAUCUAGGAAACUGUUAAAAUUAGUGAUUAUGAUAAUUUGGUCAUGUGAAUCCAUUUUUGAUUUGUAAAGUAGUCACACAAAUUAUUUCAAAGAUGAUAUUUCUAUGAACAGAGAUGUCAUGGGAAGAUGUGAGAAUUAGAAAAAUUCCUACAGAUCUUCAAUGUAGAGGCCAUAAACAAAAAGUAAAGAUUUUUUAGUGGUAGGUUCAAUAUAUCAUUCAAUUUUUAAAAUUAUCCUGAAGAAGAAAAGAAAAGGUCCUUAAUUAUUAUGGUCUAAACAAAUUUAUAGAUCACUGUUUGAAGUAAAAAAUAAGAGUGAUAUUUUCAAAUGUGAUAAAAUAGCACAAAUGGCUGGUAAUAAAAUUUGAAAUUAUGGUUAACCUCCUUAACUGUGAUCUUACAGAUGUAAAGUAAAAUUUAAAUAUAUAGUUAUGGUCAUUAGAGAGAUGCAAAUCAAAACCACAUUGAGAUACCAUCUCAUGCCAGUUAGAAUGGCAAUCAUUAAAAAUUCUGGAGACAACAGAUGCUGGAGAGGAUGUGGAGAAAUACUUUUACACUGUUGGUGGGAAUGUAAAUUAGUUCAACCAUUGUGGAAGACAGUGUGGCGAUUCCUCAAGGCCUUAGAAAUAGAAAUUCCAUUGGACCCAGCAAUCCCAUUACUGGGUAUAUAUCCAAAGGACUAUAAAUCAUUCUACUAUAAGGACACAUGCACACGAAUGUUCAUUGCAGCACUGUUUACAAUAGCAAAGACCUGGAACCAACCCAAAUGCCCAUCGAUGAUAGACUGGACUGGGAAAAUGUGGCACAUAUACACCAUGGAAUAUUAUGCAGCAAUCAAAAAUGAUGAGUUCGUGUCCUUUGUAGGGACAUGGAUGAACCUGGAGAACAUCAUUCUCAGCAAACUGAUACAAGAACAGAAAAUAAAAUACUGCAUAUUCUCACUCAUAGGCGGGUGAUGAACAAUGAGAACACAUGGACACAGGGAAGGGAGUACUAUACACUGGGGUCUA